UGCACCACUUCCUCUUGUUUGACUAUUGUUCAGCGAGUGUUGCAAGCCGUCGUGGGGAUUGCUAGAGGAUGUGGGUAUAAUAACAAUCAAUGUAUAAAUUAACACAGUUACAGCUUACAGAUGUGGUGGUUCUUAAUUCUUAUGUGACACCAAGAAGAAGAAGAAGAGAGCAUUCGGUUUAUUUGAAUUUUGAAAGACAAGAUUUUUACUCAGCCAUGGAAGCGCUGUCAGGAGCUCCUCGAAUCCCUCUCCGCAAGUUCGAACCAGAUACCAAUAAAAUCAAACGGAAGCUCGUCGAGAAGGGCGUCGACCCUACUCCCAAGAUCAUCCACACCCUCCGCAAGAAAGAAAUCCAAAAGCACAAUCGCAAACUCAACACCCAAACCGACCGAGGCCCGCCGCCUCCACCUCAUGUCUCCGAAGAAUCCCACUUCAAGACGCUAAAACGCGAGUAUAAGGACUUUACUAAAGCGGUGAAUUCGAAGACGGGUGUUCAGACGGUUGGAAAUCCUUGGGAGAGGCUGGACAGUCUCAGGUUAAGGGAGCUGGCCGGAGCGACCACCGAGUACGAUGGAGAGAAGCUGAGAAGAGAGGAGCUGAGGGAGUUAGGCCAAGUGUUUGAGGCCCGGAAGCGCGACGAGUUGCGGUGGGUUCUGGAAGAUGACUUAGAGAUUAGUGAGGAGAUUUUGAAUGGCGAGAAAAAGGUUUGGGACCCAUUGAAGCGGAGACGAGGAGAGGUUGAGGUGAUUCAGUUUCUCGUCGAUAGGCUCAGUUCUACUAAGCUUGCCAUUAAGGACUGGAAGCUUUCGAGGAUUAUGAAGCAGUCGGGACUGGCGUUCACUGAGGGCCAGUUGCUUAGGAUUAUUGAAGGGCUUGGUGCGAAGAGAUGUUCACAGACAGCAAUGGCUGUAGUGGAGUGGGUAUAUGAAGAUAAGGAAAGGGGACGAAAUAAAAGCAGGUUUGUUUACACAAAACUCAUGGCAAUUCUAGGGAAAGCAAGGAAGCCAGAUCAUGUUCUUAAUGUUUUCAAUCUGAUGCGUGGAAAUCGUCAUAUAUAUCCUGACAUGGCUGCAUAUCAUAGCAUUGCUGUCACACUUGGUCAAGCUGGUCACCUGAAAGAAUUGCUGAACAUUAUGGAAUGUAUGGGAAAGAAGCCUUCUAAAAUUAAAAAUAUACACUUCAAGAACUGGGAUCCUGUUCUUGAACCUGAUGUUGUUGUAUAUAAUGCUGUACUGAAUGCUUGUGUGCCAUCCCAGCAGUGGAAGGCAGUGUCUUGGGUUUUCAGUGAGAUAAGAAAGAGUGGUCUGAAACCUAAUGGAGCUACUUAUGGACUUGCUAUGGAGGUAAUGCUACAAUCUGGAAAGUAUGACCUCGUCCACGGAUACUUUAGAAAAAUGAGAAAAAGUGGGGAGGCUCCAAAAGCUCUAACGUAUAAAGUUCUUGUUAGAGCUUUGUGGUGUGAAGGGAAAGUGAAUGAAGCUGUUGAAGCUGUCAGGGAUAUGGAACAAAGGGGCGUGGUUGGAGCAAGCAGUGUAUAUUAUGAGUUAGCUUGCUGCCUCUGUAGCAUAGGAAGGUGGGAAGAUGCAAUGUUAGAGGUUGAGAAGAUGAAGAAAUUGUCUAAUGCUAGACCUUUGGCAGUCACCUUCACCGGCAUGAUAAUGUCUUCUAUGCGAAGUGGACAUAUUGAUGACUGCAUAUCUAUUUUUGAAAAUAUGAAAAAUCACUGCUCCCCUAACAUUGGGGCCAUAAAUAUCAUGUUGAAAGUUUAUGGCUGUAACGAUAUGUUCUCUAAAGCUAAAGAGUUGUUUGAAGAGAUAAAGAAUGCUAAUCCUGAUUCUUAUCCAUCUUUGGAUGGUCCUAAGACGCUCCUCGUCCCAGAUAAGUACACGUACAGCUCAAUGCUUGAGGCAUCUGCUAGCGCUCUCCAAUGGGAAUACUUUGAGUUUGUGUUCAAGGAGAUGGUUAUCUCUGGAUACCAGCUAGAUCAAACUAAACAUGCAUCACUACUUCUGAAAGCAUCCAGAAAUGGGAAGUGGCAUUUGCUGGAGAAUGCAUUCAAUGCUAUCUUAGAAGCUGAAGAUAUUCCUAAUCCUUUGUACUUCACCGAAAUGGUGCUCCAAAAUGUAGCUCAAGAAGACUAUAUGAGAGCUGUCACCCUGGUAAGUGCAAUGGCUCUAGCCCCGUUUACAAUCAGUGAAGAGCAAUGGAAAGAACUUUUUGAGAAAUACAAAGACAAAAUCAGUCGGAAUAACUUAGAGAAACUGCUAGAUUCUUUGGAUAACGGUAAUAUAAAAUCAGAACCCACAGUCGUGAACUUAUCGAGAGCAUUGCACCAUCUCUGUGAAUCUGGCAUGUCAGGAAUGUUUUCUAGUUCCAUUGCAUAUGGCAGUGAAAACGUAGGUAAAUCAUCAUUGGAUGAUAAUGUAGGAUUGAUCUUUGGUGAAGACUCCAACUCUGAUUCCGACUCGGAUGAUGAUCUUCCUCUUAACAGAAGUGAUGUCUCAUUCAAAGUGUCAUCUGUUGUUGAACCUAGCUCCAGCAUAGAUUUCACUGGCAUGGAGUUUGAUCUUGAUAAUUAUGGGGAAAGCAACCUUCCAACCAGCACAACAGGCAUAACUACGGAUGAAGCGUCAAUUGAUGACUCUAGUGAUCCUUUACAUGGUAGUUCCUCAACAAUUGGUGUAAUUGAAAGCUUGGUGGAUGUGGAUGAGACUGAACUUGAAAAACUGUUAAAUGGGGUUCAUCAUUCGGAUAAAUCUAAUUUGCCCUCUUCAUAUGAAGUUCUUGAGGCUUGGAAGGAAAGCAGGAGAAAGGAUGGAGUCUUGUUCUCAACUCGACUUGGCCAGAAAUGAGUAGUUUUUUGGUGUCCGUUUUUUUUUUUUUGGUCUUUUUUCUUCUUUCCCUUGUUGCUGAUGUGUGAUUGUAUAUAUAUAUAUAUAUAUGUAUAUAUAUAUAUGUAUAUAUAUAUAUGUAUAUAUAUAUAUAUAUGUAUGCAUCAGAGAAUGUUUCUAUAGUAAUCUAGUAUACUCAUUGGAGAAGAAUGUUAAAUAUAAGUGACAAUUAGUUGGUGUGGAGGAAUAGGAAUAAAAAUUAAUAUGGAUAAAAAAAAUGAUGAAAAGAUUAUUAAA